AUGCCGGUGGCAGCUUCCGCCAUCUACUUUCUCAAUCUCCGCGGCGAUGUUCUCAUCAACCGCACUUACCGAGACGACGUCGGGGGAAACAUGGUGGAUGCAUUUCGAACGCAUAUAAUGCAAACCAAGGAGCUAGGUAACUGUCCCGUUCGUCAGAUUGGUGGAUGCUCUUUCGUCUAUAUGCGUAUCAGCAAUGUCUACAUUGUAAUUGUUGUUAGUAGCAAUGCUAAUGUAGCUUGUGGUUUCAAAUUCGUUGUUGAGGCUGUUGCUUUGUUUAAAUCAUACUUUGGUGGAGCUUUUGAUGAAGACGCUAUUAAGAAUAACUUUGUUCUCAUUUACGAAUUGUUGGAUGAGAUCAUGGACUUUGGCUAUCCACAGAAUCUCUCCCCUGAGAUUUUAAAGCUUUACAUUACUCAAGAAGGUGUACGCUCACCUUUUUCUUCCAAGCCGAAGGACAAGCCUGUUCCAAAUGCAACAUUACAAGUUACGGGUGCUGUUGGUUGGAGAAGAGAGGGCCUUUCUUAUAAAAAGAAUGAGGUGUUUCUGGAUAUUGUGGAAAGCGUAAACCUUCUUAUGUCCUCUAAAGGCAAUGUUCUUCGGUGUGAUGUGACGGGGAAAGUUCUAAUGAAAUGCUUCCUUUCGGGAAUGCCUGAUCUGAAGUUGGGGUUGAAUGAUAAAAUUGGUCUUGAGAAGGAAUCGGAAAUGAAAUCUCGUCCAGCUAAGAGAUUCAACUCCGAGAAGACUGUUAGUUUUGUUCCACCGGAUGGUGAAUUUGAACUGAUGAAGUAUCGGAUUACAGAGGGCGUGAAUCUACCGUUCCGCGUUUUACCUACAAUCAAAGAGCUUGGUCGUACACGCAUGGAAGUAAAUGUCAAAGUCAAAAGUGUGUUUGGCGCUAAAAUGUUUGCCCUUGGCGUUGUAGUUAAAAUUCCAGUGCCAAAACAAACAGCAAAAACCAACUUCCAAGUGACAACUGGUCGCGCUAAGUACAAUCCAUCAAUCGAUUGCUUGGUUUGGAAGAUAAGAAAGUUUCCAGGACAAACAGAGUCCACACUGAGUGCAGAAAUUGAAUUGAUCUCAACAAUGGGAGAUAAGAAAUCGUGGACAAGGCCACCAAUCCAAAUGGAGUUUCAGGUGCCAAUGUUCACAGCAUCUGGUUUGCGAGUACGGUUCCUCAAGGUGUGGGAGAAGAGCGGUUACAACACGGUUGAGUGGGUUCGAUACAUAACGAAAGCGGGAUCAUAUGAGAUCAGAUGCUGA